AAAGAGAAUUAUAUACUCUAGACUUCUCCUCUCUUAUUUCUUCUGUACUUUUUUUUUCUCCUUCUUCUUCUUCUUCUUCUUCUUCUUCGUUUUUCUCUGAUUCUCUCCAAAACUCACGCACAGAAAGAAGAAGCCAUGGGAUGGUUUCCCUGUUCUGGGAAAUCAAAUAAGAAACCAAAGCUUAAGAAACAACCUACAGAUCAGAUCCACUCUAAGUCUACAGAUAAUUUAAAGAUAAAAGCUGCUCUGGAUGCGAAGAAAGAGAGUUUAAAGGAUGGAGAAUCUGAUCACAUUGCAGCUCAGACAUUUACAUUCCGUGAAUUGGCAGCUGCAACAAAGAAUUUCAGGGCAGAUUGUUUAGUUGGUGAAGGUGGUUUUGGUAGGGUUUAUAAAGGGAGAUUGGAAAGUACAAACCAGGUUGUUGCUAUCAAGCAACUUGAUCGGAAUGGAUUACAAGGAAACAGGGAAUUCCUGGUUGAGGUUUUGAUGUUAAGUCUACUUCACCAUCCCAACUUAGUCAAUCUAACAGGGUAUUGUGCCGAUGGAGAUCAAAGACUUCUAGUCUACGAAUUCAUGGCUUUAGGAUCUUUAGAAGAUCAUCUACAUGACCUUCCACCUGACAAGAAACGACUUGACUGGAGCACAAGAAUGAAGAUUGCAGCUGGUGCAGCUAAAGGAUUGGAGUAUUUGCAUGACAAGGCAAACCCCCCUGUUAUAUACCGAGAUUUAAAAUGCUCAAAUAUUUUGCUUGGGGAGGGAUACCAUCCUAAACUAUCUGAUUUUGGGUUGGCCAAACUGGGUCCUGUUGGGGAUAACACUCAUGUGUCCACGAGAGUUAUGGGCACAUACGGUUAUUGUGCACCAGAGUAUGCAAUGACUGGUCAACUCACGUUGAAAUCAGAUGUUUAUAGCUUUGGGGUUGUACUGUUGGAGAUCUUAACAGGCAGAAAAGCAAUAGACAAUUCAAAAUCCGCAGGGGAGCAUAAUCUUGUUGCAUGGGCACGACCCUUGUUUAAAGAUCGUAGGAAAUUCUCGCAGAUGGCGGACCCAAUGCUUCAAGGCCAGUAUCCUGCAAGAGGCCUAUACCAAGCACUUGCAGUUGCUGCAAUGUGUGUUCAAGAGCAGCCCACCAUGCGACCUCUAAUAGCAGAUGUCGUCACAGCCUUGACUUACCUCGCUUCUCAAGACUAUAAUCCUGAAACCCAUCCAGUACAAAAUUCUCGCAUGUCUCCUUCCACUCCUCGAUCAAGAAGAACCGACAGCGGUAAAAGACUUAACAAUGCCAGUGGGUCAGAAAGAGAUCAGUCCAGAAGGGUAAACUAACAGUCCUCCAUCCUUGGUGCUGCGCAGUUGUCCAGGGCCCAAGUUUGGAAGGGCCCCAAACGUAAUAUUUUCUUCCCUUUUGAAAAGUGCUAUUUUUUAUUGCCCACAUUUGUAAUCAUCUUUUAUCGAUGCAAUUUUUGGAAUCAAAAUUAUUAGAUAAUAGUUACACCACAGUCGAGUUCACCAAAACAGUUAAAGACAUUCCAUGUGUCAUAGUUGUUGUGCAAAUGGUGGAUAUCAGUCUGUCAACUAAAGCGAAGAGUAGGGACUAUCCUGAACUUAAAGAUUCCAGAACCAUGAGAUUAUGCUCAUUGCAAGUUUUGCAGGAACAAGUGAAGGAUUUCUUGUAAUGGGGUUGAUUCGGUACGUUACAUCAAUCCUCUUGUAAUUUGACCCCAUGUAUUCUUAUUUCCUUUUCUCUGCACAUGUCUUGUUUCCUGGUUCUCCACCGGUGCGUUUUGGCCUCAUUGUAUCUACUUUCUCUCGGAUUUUUUCUAGGCAUUGAUGUUGUUGCCUUAUGUAUAUAUCAUAUUAUUGCUGUAUGGAUUCAGGAUUUUAUCUCUUUAUACAAGUGUUUCUAUCUCUGGGUCA